AUGGCUCCGCAGUUUGGUUGUGCUAGAGUUUUCUUUGCAAUGUUAUUCCUGUUGGUAUCCCUCACCAGAGCUUACAAUGCAAAGAUUUUCAAUGUAAGAAAUUAUGGUGCCGUCGCCGAUGGCCGGACAGACAACCGAAAGGCUUUUUUGAAAGCAUGGAACGACGCUUGCAACCAGAAAGGAAUUUCAAGAGUAUAUAUCCCUAAAGGAGUUUACAUGUUGGGAACAGUGGAAUUUUCAGGUCCAUGCAAAGGUCCAAUAACAUUUUUGAUAACAGGAGAUUUAAAGGCUCCAGGGGGACCUUCUUUAAAUACUGAGGAAUGGAUAGCUUUUCGAUAUUUAAACAAGUUGAUAGUGAAAGGUGGUGGAACAUUGGAUGGUCAAGGAGCCUCUGCUUGGCCUUUCAAUGAUUGUGACAAGAACACUAAUUGCCAGUCUCUUCCUAUUUCAAUGACAUUCGACUUCGUGACGAAUUCCAGGAUUAAGAACAUAAGAUCAAUCAAUAGCAAGAAUGCUCAUUUCUCAUUUUUCGCCUGUGAGAAUGUAAAUGUGUCAAAAAUUGAAUUAUCAGCCCCAGCCGAAAGUCCCAACACAGAUGGAAUCAAGAUUGGAAGUUCGACUAAUAUCCGAAUUGCCAGCUCUAGAAUAAGCACCGGCGAUGAUUGCAUAGCCAUCCUCCCUGGAAGCACAAACAUCGAUAUCUCCUACGUUUACUGUGGCCCUGGACAUGGAAUCAGUGUAGGAAGCCUUGGCAAGUCUGAAGGUGAAGACAAUGUCAAUGGGUUGGCUGUAAGGCAUUGUACUUUCAAUGGAACAGACAAUGGGGUUAGAAUAAAAACUUGGGAAUCUCCCUGGAGAAGCUCUGCUUCCAAUUUCAUAUUUGAAGAAAUUUUCAUGCACAAAGUUCGCAAUCCAAUUAUUGUUGAUCAGACAUAUUGCCCUCAUCCUCCAUGCAAUCAACAGACAGCCUCUCAUGUCCAAAUCGAAGAUGUCACAUACAGAAACAUAUGGGGUACAUCCAGUUCACAGAUUGCAGUUUCUAUGCAAUGCAGCAAAAAUUUCCCAUGCAAAAACAUAGUGAUGAAGGACAUCGAUUUGGCUCAUCUUGGAAACGAAGGACCUUUAAAAUCUUGGUGCUCCAAUGUAGAUGGCCGUGUCUAUGGCCGACAGAAUCCUCCCCCUUGUUUCUAG